AUGAAGGUGUGGACUGAGUUUUCAAUGUCUCAGUCCCCACUGUGCAUAUGUGGACAAGGGCAAGAGAUGUCUCUCAGAACUUGUGAGCAAUUUAUCAAGACAUUGCCAGAAUACCACGUGGCUGAGCCAGCGAGAGUAGAUGCAAGCGGGCAUUUUCUUUCUUUUAAUUUACACCAUCACAUCUCAAACACAAGGAAAAAGAGAGAUCUCAGCAAAAAGGAAAAUGUGGUAUAUUACAAAAUUAACCAUGAGGAGAAGGAUCUGUUUUUUAACUUGACUGUUCACAUGGGAUUUCUUUCCCAUAACUACGUAGUAGAAAGGAGACGUGGCAACCACAGUAGUGCGAAGAUCACAACUCGCUCGAGAGUUCCCUGCCACUUCAUUGGCACAGUGUUGCAGCCAGGUUCUGGGAGUGGCACAGCAGCAAUCAGCACAUGCGAUGGCCUGACUGGAUAUUUCCAUCUGCCCCAUGGGGAUUACUUCAUUGAGCCCAUUAAAAAGCAUCCACAGAAGGAGGGAACACCCCACCCCCAUAUUAUCUAUGGGGCAAAUAUCCUUCAAAAUGCUUUAAGGAGAAGACGGGCGAUCCCGAUGGAAAAAGAACAAGCAUGCGGAUUGAAUGAUACCUUCAGCUUCUUCAAACAGCAGCAGCAGCGGAGGGAGAGAUGGCAACAAAAUCAUAUGGCUGUCAGAAAGGUUUCUCGACGCUCCGUGAGCAAGGAGCGAUGGGUGGAGACACUUGUGGUUGCAGACAGUAAGAUGGUUGAAUAUCAUGGAAGUCAUCAUGUGGAAUCAUAUAUCCUCACUAUAAUGAAUAUGGUCACAGGGUUGUUCCACGAUCCAAGCAUUGGCAAUGCAAUUCACAUUGUGCUGGUCCGGCUCAUCCUCUUUGAGGAGGAGGAGCAAGGCUUGAAGAUAGUUCACCACGCAGAUAAGACACUAGCCAGCUUCUGCAAAUGGCAGAAGAGUGUCAAUCCUAAGAGUGACAUCAACCCUACACACCACGACGUGGCCGUUCUUCUAACCAGAAAGGACAUUUGUGCUGGCAUGAAUCGUCCGUGUGAGACCUUAGGUUUGUCUCAUCUGUCAGGCAUGUGUCAACCUCACAGAAGCUGUAACAUCAAUGAAGAUUCUGGCCUUCCGUUGGCUUUUACUAUUGCUCAUGAACUUGGACACAGUUUUGGUAUCCAGCACGAUGGAAAAGAGAAUGACUGUGAGCCUGUUGGAAAGCGCCCAUAUAUUAUGUCCCGACAGUUGCAGUAUGAUCCUACUCCACUGACAUGGUCGCAUUGCAGCAAGGAGUACAUCACACGUUUCCUAGACCGUGGGUGGGGAUUCUGUCUGGAUGAUAUCCCCCAAAAAGAAGUUUUAAAAUCCCCAAUCAUUGCUCCUGGAGUGAUUUAUGAUGUGCAUCACCAAUGCCAGCUUCAGUAUGGUUCCAAUGCUACUUUCUGUGAAGAUGUGGACAACCUUUGCCAAACACUCUGGUGCUCAGUGAAAGGCUCCUGCCGCUCCAAACUGGACGCAGCUGCGGAUGGAACUCGAUGCGGAGAAAACAAGUGGUGCUUCUCUGGUGAGUGCAUUACAGUAGGCAAAACUCCCGAAGAAAUCCAUGGCAGAUGGGGUGUUUGGUCAUCGUGGUCCCAUUGCACAAGGACAUGUGGGGCAGGAGUUCAGAGUGCAGAGAGACCGUGUGAUAACCCAGAACCACAGUUUGGAGGAGACUACUGCACCGGAGAAAGGAAACGCUAUCGCAUGUGUAACAUCAGCCCUUGUCGCAAAGGCUUGCCAACCUUUCGUCAGAUGCAGUGCAGUGAAUUUGAUACAGUUCCCUACCAGAAUGAAUUCUACCACUGGGUGCCUGUUUAUAACACAGCAAACCCCUGUGAGCUCCACUGUCGCCCGAUAGAUGGUCAUUUUUCUGAGAAGAUGCUAGAUGCAGUCACUGAUGGUACUCCUUGCUUUGAAGGAAGGCACAGCCGAGAUAUCUGUAUUAAUGGCAUGUGUAAGACUGUUGGCUGUGACUAUGAGAUAAAUUCCAAUGCAACUGAAGACCAGUGUGGAGUUUGCCUGGGAGACGGUUCUGCUUGUCGUACAGUGAAGAUGAUGUUUAAUCAAAGUGAAGGAUUUGGCUAUGUUGAUAUUGGGCUAAUUCCAAAAGGUGCAAGGGGAAUCAAAGUCAUGGAAGUUGCAGAAGCAGGAAAUUUCCUUGCUGUGCGGAGCAAAGACCCAGAAAAAUAUUACCUGAAUGGAGGCUUUAUCAUCCAGUGGAAUGGUGAAUACAAAGUGGCAGGCACGAUAUUUCAGUAUGACAGAACAGGGGAUCUAGAAAAUUUGACUGCUCCAGGACCCACCAAUGAAUCAAUAUGGAUUCAGCUACUUUUUCAAGAAACUAACCCUGGAAUCAAGUAUGAAUACACUGUACGUAAAGAAGAAAGUCAUGAGAAUGAGAUUGGAGAGCCAGAGUAUUUUUGGCAAUAUGGAGACUGGACAGCCUGCAGUGUUACCUGUGGAAGAGGGGUGCGGCGCCAGAUUGCCCACUGCAUGCGGAAGGGGGGCGGAGCAAUCAAAAACUCCUUCUGCGACCCCGCAACACAGCCAAACGGGCGACAAAAGAAGUGCUACGAAAAGGACUGUCCACCCAGAUGGUGGGCAGGAGAAUGGCAGAAAUGUUCGACCACAUGUGGCCCAACAGGCCAGAAGAAGCGAACUGUUCUUUGCAUCCAGACAGUGGGAUCUGAUGAGCAGGCACUGGCUGUCACAGAGUGCCAGCACCUGCUCAAACCAAAGACCCAUCUGUCAUGCAACAGAGAUGUCUUGUGCCCAUCUGACUGGACAGUGAGCAACUGGACUAAGUGCACGGUUACUUGUGGUGGUGGAAUAAGGACUCGUAAUGUCACUUGUGCCAAAAAUAAUGAUGAGCCAUGUGAUACUUCCAAGAGACCAAACUCUAAGGCCUUGUGUGGUCUCCAGCAAUGUCCUUCUGCUGGAAGAUUUCUGAUACCUCCCCUGGCACCCAGAAGAGGAAAGAUCAUAAUCAGAAAAACAACUACUAAUCCUGAAUGGAGCCCUCCUCACAGAAUACCCAUCCCAAGCCCAACAUCCCAUACAACAACAAAAAUACCCAAGCCUGAAAGUGCAUCAGUUACGGUAAUGCCCACAGUGUUUGGUCAUGUACCAAGAGACCAGACUGACAACAGAAGAGAAAUGAAGCUGCCUGACACUGUAACCUCCAGCACACAAUCAUCAGCUCUUGAGCAUGCUCUCAGGAACCAAAGUACAACAUCUGAGGGUGUUUUAACAAAUGUCACAGAGACCAGCCACCUAAUAACAUCCAACAAUUUGCCUGGUGACUCCUACUGGAUAGUAGGUAACUGGAGUGAGUGCUCUACUACCUGUGGAAUAGGGGCUUUCUGGAGACACGUGGAAUGCAGCAGCGGGAACACUUCUCACUGUCAGCACACAAAAAAGCCUGAUCCUGCAAGAAAAUGUUAUCUCCGCCCAUGUGCUAGCUGGAAAACAGGAAAUUGGAGCAAGUGCUCUGCUAACUGCAACGGUGGUUUCAAGACCCGAGAUGUUCACUGCAUUGAUGUUCGUGAAAAGCGACUUCUCAGGCCGUUUCAUUGCCAAUUACUCGGAUAUAAACCACAACUCAACACUAGUUGUAACAUGGAGCCUUGCUUGCAGUGGCAUGUGGAGCCCUGGAAUGAGUGUUCACGAACAUGUGGUGGUGGCCAGCAAAAGCGACGUAUCUACUGCCCAGAAGGCGGCUACUGUGACUGGACAAAAAGACCUAAUGCCAUUGCAUCAUGUAACAGGCAACCUUGUACACAGUGGAUUAACCAGGCAUGGGGCCCGUGCACCGUUUCUUGCGGAGGGGGCACUCAGCAAAGAGCUGUGAAGUGCAUUAAUACAGAAACGAAUGAAACUGAAGAUAACAAUAUGUGUGUGGAUAAACUCAAGCCCAUGGAGUAUCAGAAAUGCAAUCUGCAACAGUGCAGGAAAAGUACAGGGCUACCCUGCAGCAAAGACCAGCUGUCGGUUCACUUCUGCCAGAGGCUGAAAGGCAUCGGCAAGUGCUUGCUGCCGUCAAUACAGACUCAGUGCUGCUUCACGUGUGGUCAGCCCCGAAUUCGUAACAAAGCAAGAUAUUGGGAUCAGCGAGGCCUCAAACAACAAAAGUACACUAAAGCUAGAAGAAAAUCACCUCAAAACCAAGAAAAUAACAACCAAGCUGCUCGGCACUAG